UCUCUGACGUUAUCCAUCAAUGGCGGAUGGGUAGCUUACCGUCUCUUUGAAGAUGUAUCGGAUUUUAGCUGUUUCUAAUCUUGUCACUCCUCUCCCUUUCCUUCCGUCUUCCUCUUUUGUUCCGACGCGACGGUGUUAUCCACGCAGAGCUACUCCUUACUCCAGGCGUAUCAAUCUCAAGCCUCUCACCUCUCGCAUUGUGCUCCUCACGCGCCGUCGUCAGCUUGGUCAGAUCGUGGAGGAGGUGGAAGCAGCUAAGAAACGGUAUGGGAGGCUUAACACAAUCGUUAUGAACUCAGUUCUGGAAGCUUGCGUUCACUGUGGAAAUAUCGAUAUAGCUCUCCGGAUGUUUCAUGAGAUGGCCGAACCUGGUGGAAUUGGAGUCGAUUCUAUUAGUUACGCCACUAUCUUGAAGGGAUUGGGGAAGGCUCGGAGGAUUGACGAAGCGUUCCAAAUUCUGGAGUCUAUAGAGCUAGGAACUGCUUCUGGGAAUCCCAAGUUGUCAUCAUCUCUUAUCUAUGGUCUGCUUAACGCUCUGAUCAAUGCUGGAGAUUUACGUCGUGCUAAUGGUCUGCUUGCACGAUAUGAUAUUUUGCUUCUAGAGCAUGGAACCCCGUCAGUUCUCAUCUAUAACUUGUUGAUGAAGGGCUAUGUCAACUCAGAAUCUCCACAAGCUGCAAUUAGUUUGCUGGAUGAAAUGUUACGCCUUAGAUUGGAGCCUGAUAGGUUGACCUACAAUACUUUAAUCCAUGCCUGCAUCAAGUGUGGCGAUUUGGAUGUGGCUAUGAAGUUUUUCAAGGAUAUGAAGGAGAAAGCAGAGGAAUAUUAUGACGAUUUUCUUCAGCCAGAUGUUGUAACAUACACCACUUUGGUGAAGGGAUUUGGGGAUGCGAAAGAUCUGUUAUCACUGCAGGAAAUAUAUUUGGAAAUGAAAUUGUGUGAUAACGUGUUCAUUGACCGAACUGCUUUUACAGCAGUAGUUGAUGCUAUGCUAAAGUGUGGUUCAUCAAGUGGGGCCCUUUGUGUAUUUGGUGAGAUAUUGAAGAGAAGUGGAGCUAAUGAAGUCUUGCGGCCAAAGCCUCACUUGUACCUGUCUAUGAUGCGAGCAUUUGCUGUCCAAGGGGAUUAUGGAAUGGUGAGAAAUCUGUAUCUUCGCUUAUGGCCUGAUUCCUCAGGAACAAUCUCCAAGGCGGUUCAACAAGAAGCUGAUAAUCUCCUGAUGGAAGCUGCCCUCAAUGCUGGCCAGCUCGAGGAGGCCCUAGGGAUUCUCUUAAGUAUCAUUAGAAGGUGGAAGGCAAUACCUUGGACGACUAGUGGAGGCAUGGCUGCUGUCCGCCUAGAAAUAUUGUUUGGGUUUUCCAAGUCUAUAUUGCGCCCACAUCUACUUAGAAAGGUGAUACCAAGUGAACCAAUAGAAAGCAUUAUGAUUCAAUUUGAAGCAGCUGGGCCUCUGUUAGGCACUCUACAACUAAAGAAUGUUGUCAUGCGGUUUUUCAAGGAGGAAGUCGUACCUAUUAUAGAUGACUGGGGGAGCUGCAUAGGCCUUUUGCAUCGGGAGGAUUGCAACAAUCUUGAUGCGACAUUGGCCUCCCUGAUGAGAAGUCCGCCCACAUGUGUGAGUACAACAACAUCAAUUGGUCGUGUGGUAGAUCUGGUUUUGGAAAAGAAACUUAAGAUGGUAAUAGUUGUUCAAUGCGGAAAUCUUAGUGGGAGCGGUUAUAGCUCAAAGACAGUAGGAGCUUUUACAAGAGCACAAUUGUAUCGGCUAUUUGAACCAGAACAAAAUCUGCUUUAGUGGAUGUAAGUAAUAUAAUAUUGCUUCUUACAA